UAAAUUUUUCAAAAUAAAAAUAGACUAUUUUGGUUAUUUUCUAUUUUGGUGACAAAAACUUAAAAAAUACUAUUUAAAAGAAUUGACCAUAGAUGUAUGAUCACAACAAAAUUAAUAAUCAGAAAACUCGGUUAAUUAAAUUCAUAUAGGAGCAAAGGCAAAGAUUAUGUGCUCUGAGCCAGGAUCAUACGGGAAAGACAAGAAGGAUGUUGUGAUCUACAGCGACCCAACUGACUCUAAGGGAUACUUCCACGUGGCGUUGACAAACAUUAAGGACCUACUUCACUGUCGUGUGAAGCUCUACACAUCUCCUGUCGGGACAUGCAACAACCCGACCAAUGUCAACAAAGGUAUCGCUGGAGUUCCAUUGUCAAUGUACGGAUACCGUUACCACUCCGACAAGAACUUAAAGAUCUUUAGCGUCGGACCUUUCUACUUCACCGGUUACAAACCUGCUCUCACCACUCCCAAAUACUGAUCAUGAUGAUCACGUUAUGAUUGCAAUGAUCUUGCAUGCAUUAUAUCUGAGAUCGCGUUAAGAAUUUUUUUUUUUUUUUGAAAAC